GUCAACGUUUACUAAUUGAAUUGUGUAACCAAUGUGGGACCGACGUAUCUGCCAACCAAUGAUAAAUUAAAUUAUAAUUAGUCGGGUGUAGCUAACCAAUCAUAACGUCCAUUGUCUCAUCGUCCCGCCUCUCGGUGACAGGCUUGACGUUUUUUUUUUGGUUUUUUUUUUAAGAGUGGAUGAACUCUAGUGUUGAAUCUUUACGCACAAAUUUCUUCUCCUCGUUUAAAGAUAAAGACGACUAAAUAGCAUGGCUAACGUACUAAGGUACACUUAUCGGUGUCUACGCUUCGGAGCGUACCCUGUAGCCGGACAAGCCGAAGGACGCGUGUGGACGGCUUCUCCCCGACUCUUGUGCACGGCAUCGGAUCUCCAGAAAGACCUUGGCAAGAUGGUGACGAAGGACAAGGUGGUGGUGUUUAUGAAAGGCACUCCGGCUCAACCGAUGUGUGGUUUCAGCAACGCCGUGGUCCAGAUUCUACGGAUGCACGGAGUAGACGAGUACGCCUCGUACAACGUGUUGGCAGACGAGGAGCUCCGAGAAGCAGUGAAAGCGUUCUCCAACUGGCCAACGAUUCCUCAAGUCUACUUCAAUGGGGAGUUUGUGGGAGGCUGCGACAUCCUCCUCCAGAUGCACCAGAAUGGUGAUCUGGUGGACGAGCUGAAGAAGCUGGGUGUCCAGUCUGCAUUAUUGAACGCUGAAAAAGACUCCAAGUAGAUGACGAGAACGUUGUGCUUAAAAACAGAGGAUACAGUUUGUUGAAUCUCACUCGUUGUACUCCAGACAAAAUUGACUCUUCUGACUGACAAUGAAGUUGCCAUGCCACUAUCUUUAACACAGAAAUGACACUUCAGGAUGACUUCGCACUAUUGUUCAAGUUGGACCAGAAUGCAAUGUCAUCUCACCAGAAAACUUCCAAAUAUACUUGUGUAAAGAAGGGACAACUUUGUCUUGAAUUUUUACUCAGAAUCAAGUGAAUAUCGCUAAGAAAGGUUUAUAAUGUACACGCUUGUUACAUUGUGUGGUCAUCAUGGCACCAAGAGUUUUCUUACGCAUGGAAUGGACACUUUUAAGACCCGGUGAAAUACAACAAAUAAUUCACCAUAUUUUUAGUCGUGAAAAUGAGCAAUUUAUAUUUUUAGCUACAAUUUAAGUGUUUGUCAGCUAAGAGCCUGAAAUCUCUUGCCAGUCACUCACUGUCGCUUGCUUUCUGCCCAUGAAUUGUAUUUUUACAGCAUUGGUACAUUGCAAUAUAUUGCACAUUUUUGUCAUGAUCUAUUGUAUUUUACCUGCAUGUACACUGAGUGACAAUUAAAAUAUCAAAUGGUAA